UGGAAGAAGAAAUAUGCCUCCAUCUGAAAAAGAACUUUGAAACAAUUUUCUUCUUCAUUGUUCCCAUUCCAUUUCUUUAGCAUUUGAUGCCAAGAUCUAAUCUUUUCAGAAGGAGAGCCUACUCAGGAUUAUGAUUCCAAGCAUUGAAGGCAAAUGUACAUCCUCGAGGAUAGGACUCCUAGCUUCCGUACAAUUAUUGCUAGAACAAGUUGGAGAACUGAAGAAAUUCUGGAUGACAUGAAAAAAUGUCGCCACGGUGUUCAGAUUAUCCAGCACCAUGAUUUUUUCCAAGAUGAUUGUCUUGGGGAAUACUUGCUUCUUUUUCCUAAAUUGUUGACGGAGGGUGCGGCAGUUCGACCUGAGCAAAGUACAAGUCAAUUUAUUUCCAGCAACAGUGCCAACGCAGAAAAUUUAAGCAGCACAAGUAGGCCAAGGUUGUUUGAAAAUGAGGACAGGCUUCAUGGAGCUGUGCUGCUUGCAAGGGCUAGGCUUCUGGAGUGUUUGAGAGGGGUGCCUCUUUCUGCAAACAGAAUCUUCGUACGCGUGAGAGUGAAAUGUGAUGGAACAAACUUUAACUUGUUGGAAGGAAAGCUGAAACUGCGUGGGACCCUUGGUUGGGAAGAUUGCACCACAAAAACUUCGAGGAAGAGGGAUUUCUUACUUUCUAGUGCUUUUGCCUUUUUUUUGGAAGCAUAUUCAAACUGCUUUUUUUCUUUUUCUAUGGAAUAA